GUUCGAUCAUUGUAACUCUACAAACCCCGAUAAUAAAAUUAAAACAUAUUCAUCAGUUUCUUUAUAAACUUCCCCAGAAAUCCCAUUUCAUUCGGCGAAAAUACUAAUCUCCUUCGGUCCGAAGAGUCAAAAAAAUUUUGAUCUCUGAAUUUAUCCCAACUUCACUUCAACUGCAAAAAAAAAACACAAAACUCAAUAAUCAAAGAUGCACUCGUUUGGUUACAGAGCCAAUGCGCUCCUAACUUUAGCAGUCACAAUACUUGCAAUUAUGUGCGCUGUUGCUUCUUUUUCUGACAAUUUCAAUUCCCCUUCUCCUUCUGCCAAAAUUCAGGUGGUCAACAUCCAUAGAUUUCAGAAACUAUCCAAUGGCAAUGAUGAGGUUGCCAUGGUUCUGAAUAUUUCAGCAGAUCUCCAGUCAUUGUUUACUUGGAAUACAAAGCAGGUGUUUGCAUUUGUUGCUGCUGAGUAUGAAACCCAUAAAAAUGUGCUGAAUCAGCUUUCACUCUGGGAUGCUAUAAUACUCUCACGAGAAAAGGCAAAAUUUUCAGUCAGUAUCUCAAACAAGUACCGGUUUACUGAUCAGGGGAGCAAUCUGAGAGGCAAGGAGUUCAACUUGACAUUGCACUGGCAUGUUAUGCCCAAGACUGGAAAGAUGUUUGCCGACAAAAUAGUUCUGUCAGGAUACCGCUUGCCACAGGAAUACAGAUGAUCCAUGUCUCUUUGAGUUAGACUGAGGUUCAUAGUUUCUGCUUUAAAGAUGUUCACAUCCCUUUUUAGACACAGAUAAAAGAGCAAAUGAAAGUACAGCUUUGAAUUUUGAUUUUAGUUGAACAACGGCAUUUUCUCAAUUCAAGGCUCAUUACAUGAUUUACAUCUA